CAUGAGUUCCAGCUCCAACCCCGCAAUUGACUUCCAGCUGUAUCGCUAUGUUCCCUCGCGCGCCGCCGCGAUCCUGUUCCUAGUCUUGUUCAUCAUCACGACGGCAUACCACAUAUACCAGGUAGUUCGCAUGCGCUCAUGGUACAUGCUAGUGUUUGUUACAGGGGGUGUAUUCCAGAUCAUCGGGUAUAUAUGCCGAAUCCUGGCUCACGAUGAUAAGGAAUCCAUCCCGAUAUACUCAAUUCAGACGAUUCUGAUCCUCCUCGCGCCGCUACUAUAUGCUGCGUCGAUCUACAUGACUUUGGGUCGACUGAUCCGCCACCUUGGCGCCGAGUCCCAAAGUUUGAUCCCCACCAAGUGGUUGACCAAGAUUUUCCUGAUUGGGGAUGUGGUCGCGUUUUUGAUGCAAGCCGCUGGCGGUGGUAUCAUGGCGAGUGGCACCAUCGAGGCGAUGAAAACGGGUGAGAACAUCACCAUCGCCGGGUUAUGCGUCCAGCUCCUCUUUUUCAGUGUUUUCAUCAUCACUUCGGCGGUGUCGCACUUACGCAUUCGCAAGAACCCUACGCCAACAUCGCUGGAAGUGACCACAAUGGACUGGAGAAAGACGACUUGGAAAACGAUAAUGUUGGUGCUUUACACGUCCAGCGUUUUGAUUCUCAUCCGGUCUAUCUUCCGACUCGUCGAGUACGUCCAAGGCAAUUCUGGCUACCUCAUCAGCCAUGAGGUAUUUAUGUAUGUAUUUGACUCGAUGUUGAUGUUCCUGACUAUGAUUGUGAUGAGCGUGUACCAUCCGUCCAAGCUAUUGGGUUCGAGGGCCAACAAAGAACGGGUCAAUUCGUGGUGAGCACACGAGACAGUCAUGCAAAUAUGGGCAAGUGGGGUGGAACAAUGAGUUCCCUAGGCAUUCUUGAAAUUCAUGGGGCGGAUGAAGGAAAUUUCGUUUCACACACGGGACGCCAGUCACGAUCCAAGAUGCACAACCGACCUCGCUACUAGGCCUGGGAGGCAUGGCGUAUGAGAUGGCUAUCGCACCUGCGGAACGAGGAGUCGACCUCCACCACUUGCUCGAGCGUCGCUAGCGGGGAAGAGAAAGGCCAUGGAUAAAACGCCAAAUUGGGUCUGUCCAGCUCAGAGAC